UCGCACGUAUGUACAGAACAACGUGGGGUAGGCUGGGCUGCUGCUGCUUGCUGCUGCGGCGGCGGCGGCUGCUGCUGCUGCUGCUGCUACUGUUUGUGCGUGUGGCGGGGAGUGUAUGAAAAAUAUAGCCUGAGUCACAGCAGAUGCUGCCUUUUCCUUAGGCGAUGCUUUUAUUUUUCUUUCGAAAUGCAGUUUAUUUCCUCCUCCUACGAGAUCUGGGCGUGGGUGCGCUUGAAAUGUUGGUGGGUUUUAAAAUGUUCGUGUGGGGGGGAGGGGUCGGAAGGGAAGGAAAAUAGCGCGAUUUCGUAACGCCGAACGUGCGUUUGUGUGUGCUUUCCGUCCUCUUCUGUACGCAACCGCCAAGGAGAUGUUACUAGAAUUUAAUUCUCUGCCUGUGUGUAAGAGAGAGAGAGAGAGAGAGAAGUGUGUCGCGCGUGUAUAUUUACGUAGUUUCUUGGUUUUUUCCGCCAUCCCUCUCCAAAUCAGCGGGGGCGCGUAAAAGUGGAGAUGAACCCGGGAAAUUGCCUGAACAAGAAGAGGAAGAAGAAGAGGAAGAGGAGGAGAAAUCCCAGGUUUUGCACGGAACGGGCCAUUGCAAGUGGUUUAAUGUGCGAAUGGGAUUCGGAUUUAUUUCCAUGCUCAACCGCGAGGGAAGCCCGUUGGAGUCUCCGGUUGAUGUCUUUGUACACCAAAGCAAGCUUUACAUGGAAGGAUUUAGAAGCCUAAAAGAAGGAGAACCAGUGGAAUUUACUUUUAAGAAAUCUUCCAAAGGCCUUGAAUCAAUACGGGUAACAGGUCCAGGUGGGAGUCCCUGUUUAGGAAGUGAGAGACGACCCAAAGGAAAAACAGUACAGAAAAGAAAGCCAAAGGGAGAUAGAUGCUAUAAUUGUGGUGGCUUCGAUCAUCAUGCUAAGGAAUGUAUUCUACCUCCACAGCCAAAGAAGUGCCAUUACUGUCAGAGCAUCAUGCACAUGGUGGCAAACUGUCCACUUAAAACUGUUCCACAGCAGCCUACGAGUUACCAGGGAAGAUAUGAAGCUGACACCCAGCCCUCCACAUCAGCCUUCCUGAGGGAAGGAGGAGGAGGGGCCUAUGGCUAUACUUCUCCAUCUUAUACUCUGGAAGGAAGGCCAGAUAUCUUACAGCAUUCAGGAAAGUCACCUCAAGAAGCUGCUUCAAGUAAGUUUUCUCCAUCACCGGAAGAGCAAAGCCAGAAGGGACCGUCAGUUCAAAAAAGAAAAAAGACUUAAAAAGAGUUGUAUCACCGCCUUUUAUUACCUCUUGGGAUGUCUACCUCAUUCAAGCACAAGGAGAAUAAUCUCAUGUAUUAUCCUGCAGCAAACCUCAAUUUUUAACUACUGUUGUGGACCGGAGGUCUUUUGAAAACAAAAAACCAAAGCAAACCAGUCACUCCAAGUAAAUUUCAGAUGUGUUUAAUGGCUAAUGGGUUUCUAAACUGUUUGGGCAUCAGGAUCUCAUAUGAUUUUUAAAUUUAGACUAAAUUAUUCUUGGGCAUAUGUUCUUUGCUUCUUCCCCUCUUUUCCAGAACAGCCCUAUGGAGUUAAGGAAGACUAUGCUUCCUUAGCUGCUUGAGUUCUCUGUGAUUUAUCUUAACCAUGUCUUGUGUGGAAAAAAAAAACAGUUUCAAACUAUGAUUUAUGAUGGCUUUUUGAACAAACCACAGUUAAGACAAUGCCCAUGAUAGUAUUUGUUAAUUCUAAACAGCAAUUAAUAUGAAAUGGAAGUCAGCAUUUUUUUUUUUAUUUCUUCACGGCCAUCCAACGGCUGGGAAGCAGCACAUAUCCCCACUCUGCACAGAAACUCAUUCCUGUCGCAAUAAACCAUCUGACAUUUUGAUGUACAGACUAGCCCAUUGCCUGAAUGUAUACAUUAAAUAUUAUGUCUUGAAUUCAUGGGAAAGUAAUAGUUUGAGUUUUGAAUGAUUUUUUUUUCCUUUGACAUUGCUUUUUUUUUAAUUAUAGGAGAGAAAGAAGGGGAGGGAAUGAAUUGUAACCAUACUUUCCCAAUAAUGCAAACAAUAUUUAACUACUUAGAGUCACCAUGACCAUGGUACUAAAUAGAUCAAUACAUCCUUGUAGGAUUCAGGGAAAUUACAAUUCCUGUUGUGGAAAAAUGGAGGAUGGAGGUUUUUAGUCUUUAGCUUGAAAGGGUAAUUCCUUGGUUUAAAGAUACCUCAGAAUUGCCACAAGGUUUUAAAGAAGUAAAAGUGCUUCCCCCUUUAUUCCCUGCCCUCCCUUUAGACAAUGAAUGUGUUACCUGAAAUACUGUAUCAACUCAAUAUGACCUAUAUACAGAUUAGGUGAUUGUAUGGGAUAAUGUAAACGUUAAAGUAAUGGUUUAAAGUGAUAUUGAGAUGCCAUUUGGACUCCUAUUUUGCAAAAACCUGAUUGGACCCAUUUUGUGCAAAUCUUGAGAAAAGCGGUGGUGGUGGCAGCAGUAUCAUCUUCCAAUUCAGUGUCCAUGUCACUGAAUUUUAACUUUUAACUUUCCAAAGAACAACAUCUGUUUUACAGUGCAAUCCUGUGUAAGAUCUCAGUAGCCUCAAGUUCAAGAAAAAUUAGUGUAUAGGAUUGCAGUCUUAAACUUAUUUAAUUGCUAUAUUAUGUAACCGUAAUUUCAGUCUGUGUACAUGCUGAAUUUUUAAAAAGCCUAUAGAGUCGACCAGGUGCUUGGGGGAUUGAUUUUAGAAAUGGAGAUUAGAAAGACAAUUAACUGGCAGUACAUUUAUCCUGUCCCACGCAGACAUCACAAAAGUUUGAAAUCUUAAUUGAAGGCUUUGCGCGCCCCAAAUAGUAUUCCCCAGGAUUCACCUCACACAGGAACCAGCACAAAAGCCAAUGAGUCCAAUUCUCAGUUGCUUGUCUGGUCAGUCCUCCAGCUUUCCUGGUCUCUCCUCCUGCUCUUGUCCAUCCCCUCCUGAUUCAGAGUCCCCCUUCCAGAUGUUCCUCAGAGUUCCACUCUGAAGUUCCUGAAACCAGCUCUUCCUCAUUGCCUGAACCAGCUUCUGAGACAUCCAUUACACUA